AAAUCUUAAUUGACCAUAAACAAUAAAAUGGCGUUCGGUUUUUUGUGUGUGCGAUAAAGUAAUUGUUUUCAUGAAAUCCUGGAUUCCAUCCAACAUUUCUCAAUUUUAUAGUAUGUCUUGACAAUAGUUUAUCAUUAUGAAGCGUGAUAAUGUCUUCAAAAAGUUAAAUAGCAUACCGUUAAUUGCAAAUAAUGUGCGUGUCAGUGUUCGUUGUAGCGUCGUUGUCCUAUGCCGCCUUUUAUAUUGAGUUGAUUAUACCAAUUACCGAGUGUUCUUCCUAGUAUAAUAACGAGAGUCGUCGUAAUAAAGCAAUAAAAACUAUGGAUUAGUUGUAAUAACGUAGUUUUUUCGGCGUUGGUGUCGAUGAGUGCGUUUUGCGUGUGUGGUUGUGUAGACGUACAUACAUGUCCGCAAAGAUAAAACUGUCAUGAGGACUGUUUACUAUCAAAUGUAUUUGUGUUAGUGGGUUUUAUUUUUUUCACAUAGUGAAGUUUGAUUAUUUUCUUUGGUGACAAUGUGUAUGCCUACACCUAAUAAUGUCCCGGGUUUCGGUUACUCGUGGUUUACAAGUUCGGCGGAUCUUACCAAGGGUGAAGUGGAGACGCCGAGUAGCCUCAGUUACACCCUGGGCAACACGGUCCCUGAAACAACAUUGACUGUUAUGUCACACAAAACGCCACAAGUGCAGGAGAAAGUUGGUGCAGUGGCUGUUGCAGUGUCAAACGCAGGAGUGCAAGUUACAAGGGUGGUUACAACAGGGACUCCUGUUACAGCAAGACGAGCAAUGUUUGUGUUAAAUGAAGCACCAACGCAUAUAAACAGGGUGUCACAGCAGAACCAAACUGCAACAAUACACACAGCGAAUUUAACAGCAAAACCGUUCAUGACACCACUUGGUCCGCUCCAACUAACACCAGAAGAAUGCAACGAGAUCUUAAUGAAGCGGGCCCUGCAAGCCCAGGGUAUUGCCACACCUGUUAUAGAUACAUCACAACUUAAUCACACUUUACUUAAUGGGGGGUUGAAGACGUUGGAAGAGGCUACUAAUCAACAGGCCCAGGCGGAGACAAUACAAACACCUACAGUACAGCAUCAUCUGUUGCACACUAAACAGGAGCCUGGGACAGCUAAUAGUUCACCUAAAGCGGUGUACUCACAGACGGAGAUGAUGAAUACAAAUACGGUGAUGACAACGGCACCUCCGUCCGCGGUGAAGGAGCGCCGUUACUCGUGCGACGAGUGCGGGAAGACAUUCCUGCUAAAACAUCACCUCACUACGCAUGCGCGGGUUCACACAGGUGAACGUCCCCACGUGUGCGUGCACUGCGGCAAGGCCUUCGCGCGUAAACACUGUCUGAACACGCACAUGCUGCUGCAUUCCGCGGACAGGCCGUACCGCUGCCACGAGUGCAAGAUGGCGUUCACGCUCAAACACCAUCUAGUGACGCACUCCAGGGUGCACAGUCGCGACCGUCCGUUCGUGUGCACGGAGUGCGGGCGCGGGUUCGCGCUCAACCGCCAUCUCGUGACGCACAGCAAGUACCACGCCGGCGAGCGGCCGUACGUCUGCUCCGAUUGUGGAGAGAGUUUCGCGCAGAAGGAGCACCUGGUGAUGCACAGCCGCUUCCACGGGUCUCAGUCGCCGUUCGUGUGCGGCGACUGCGGCGCGGCGUUCGCGCGCAAGUUCCAGCUCGUGAACCACGGCCGCGUGCACGGCCGCGUGCCGCCCUCCUGCCCCGUCUGCGGCAAGGAGUUCCUGCAGAAGCGCACGCUCGUCGCACACAUCAAAACUCACACAGGGGAAGGCGCCGAAGCUUGCUUAGAAUGUGGCGAGGCGUUCAAAUGUAAAUCGGAUUUGCACCAACACUGUAAAAUGACGCGACACUGUCUUCCACCACAAACUCAUCAACAGCAACAGCAACAGCAGCAACAACAACAGCAACAGCAACAGCAGCAGCAACAACAACAGCAACAGCAGCAGCAACAACAACAACAACAACAACAGCAGCAGCAACAACAACAACAAGCUACUGUCAUAAAGCAAGAUGACUUCAAACCUCAAAUUGUUCAAACACAGCAACAGCAGAGGCAAGUCCAGCAACAACAGAGACAGGUGCAACAACAACAGACCAUAGUCAUAGAGCAGGAUGACUUCAAACCGCAAAUUGUGCAGAGACAAGUGCAACAGCAACAGACUAUAGUGCUAGAGCAGGAUGACUUCAAGCCGCAAAUUGUGCAGGUUAUGGGUGGCGAUGGGCAGAUAGUCUCGGAGAAAACUACGCCAGGCUACGCAUGUCCCGAGUGUGGGUCAUGUUUCAACACAAAGGAGGCGCUGACGCUGCACGUGCGGCUGCACGCGGGCGACCGCACCACGGUGACGGACCUGUGCGCGCUCACGGCCGCGCUGCAGCCCGGCCUCGUCGCGCACGCGCCCAAUUUCGUUGUUUCAGAUCAACCUAUACAAAUUAUAUCUUCAAACCCCAACAACGUGGUACACACGCAAGUCAUAGCCACGAAUCACCAUGUCACACCCGCACGGCCGAAGAUACACUUCUGCGGGGACUGCGGGAAAGGUUUCGCGGCUAAACAUGGUUUACUAGCGCAUCAAAGAAGGCAUCCGGACGGCAGUUGUACGCUGCGAACACAUGUGUGCGACCAGUGCGGGAAGGCGUUCUUCCAGAAGAACCACCUCAUGCUGCAUCAGCGACAACACAUGGACCUACCGCCGAGAUCGGUACGUUUGAGUCAAGCGCAAGUGAACGCGCAAGCGCAACAGGAGGCGCAACAGGCUGCGCAACAAGCUGCGCAACAGGCCGCGCAACAGGUGCAGCAACAGGUGCAGCAGCAGGUGCAACAACACCAGGUGCAGCAUCAAACCAGUCUAGAAAUGGACCAGGAUCAUCAGCAACCAACGCAUAUACAAGUGGUAACGAACAGGUCGGGGCAGGUGAUCGGCAACCAGAUAGUGGUGGGCACGGUGGGCCGGCGGCUAGUGGGGCAGCACGUGCACAUCGUGGGCCGCGACCCCAAACCCAUCGCGCAGCUCAAGCACCAUCACACGAGACACCACACCACGAGUGGGGAUGUGAAAGAAGUCGGCGGGCUGGUCCUGUCAGCGGGGAGAGGGACGGGUCUAAUCAAGUACGAGAUCGCCCUCCCGCAGCCCACGUCUGUGGUCCAAGUUCAGCAGCUGGACUGAGUCAAGUGCGAGCCCGAUAACAUGCUUGUUUGGCUCAAAAACGUUAAUACAAACGACAAGGUGGCAUUCUAAAGUGCACGCCUUGGACUCAGUGCGGCCGUGAUAAAUAAACUAUCGUGUAAGUCCAAUUAUCCCAUUCCUAAGUGGGGUUAAGGAGAUGCAUAAGACUCGGGUGAACUUGUCGAGAAUCCACUGCCAAUAUGCCUCUGUUUCAGUUAAGUGCAAGCUUUUAUGCCUUUUGACACUGACUUGUGAAAUAGUUUUAAAUAAGCAAAGGAAAUGCAGCCGUAAAGCCAGCGUCGGCUUUACAAGAACCUCACCAAAACAAAGGUCUUCCGACAGUCGACUGCGGCGACGAGAAUUUAAAAAUAUAUGAAUCUGACACGAACAUAUAGUUCAGUGUAACAAAGUGUAAAAAUGUACGAUAAAAUACUUAAGUAUGUUAAUGGGCGUGAAAAGCCCCUGUAAAUUCCGAAUGAAAACUGUUCGAUUCUAAAUUACGAAUAAUGCCAAUAGAACGGAAAGCUUUAUUUAAUGAGUAAAUGUCGAUCAGCCUUAAAAUAGAGCCUUAAUAUUAUUUUUAUUAUAUCGGUUAGUACGAGAUGGGAUUAUGUGUAACGGGAACUACUUAAUUAUUCAAUGGCAAUAAUAUUUUGAAUGGGUUUUGUAAAUGAAUGUUCUAAAAUUUAGAGCAUUUUGGAAUGUGUAAAAAGACAAGAAACCACGGUAGCAGUGUACAUUAGACUAGAGCUAAGAAUACGAGUAGUCGAAUGUAGAAUAAUCUCUUGUACAUAUCAAAAUACGGUUUUGUAACAGCACUGAAUUGCGGUUUUUAUUUGUAACAAAAUGUACAAUCUCUUUUAAGGUACCGCAUUUAAUUCUAUUGCUAUUGUUUUUGGGGCUAUCUUUGUGGCGCGCAUGUUAUGUAUAGGCCGAUUUAACCCCUCAAUGUGAGCAAUUUUGAUAGAUUUAAUAACAUUUAGCUGCAGGUAAAGACAGCAUACUUCCACAUUUAAUCCUAUUUUUAUUUAAGUACAACCUUCCAUGCAUAACUUGUCAAUUGUUAUAUUUAAAUCCAUAUAACUUCCUCUCAAAGAUAAACUUAUCUUUCAUUGAAUCAUUUCGCAAAUGUGUAUGCCAAAAUAAAUAAACUGACAAUAGAAAAAUAGCAUAAUUUGCUACGCACUGAAGUUAGAAGUAAUCGAUAUAAAUAUAUCGAUACUUAUCGAUACUGCACACCACAAAGUGCGCUCUUCACGGCCUCAUGUCGAAUAAGUUUUAAGUACAUAAUAUAUAUUUUUACGUAAGUUGCGAUUUUUAAGUGGCAGCUGGGCACAUACAUGUGCAAUGAAAAUUCAUGUUUUGAACAUAAAUAGAUCUGAUUUUAUCGAUAUCGAAGGCGAUACUUUUGUCGUGCAUCGACAAGUAAUGCAUUCGCGAACAAAGAAAUUAUAUUUAUUAUAUCGAUGAUAUUGACAUUGUAUGUGAAUUUAAAUUUUUUAUACCGUAGAUGCGUUGCUUAUCGAUCGCAACAAGAUUGUCGACUUGAAACACUGUUGUUUUUAGUGUUUAUCUUGAAUUUAUCGUAUUUAUUUCAUAUUCAUUCAAAACUUUAAUAUGGGUCAUAAUUUUCAGUCAUUUAUAUUGUGGGAAUAAAGAAAAGCCGGGAAGUACCAACAUUUAAUUUACGCUACUAUAUCUCAAAAUUACAGAUCUUUCGUGAUAAACCUUAAACAAAUGGUGCCACAAUUAAACGCGUUCUGAAGUACAUUUAUAACCGAAUUUGCAAACAAUGCUACGAGAACGUACAGUGCACUAAUUCAGUGUCAACAAUGUUAUGGUUUGGCUUUCUUCAUCUUUGUUUAUCUGACAGCCAAGUGAAGUAAAGUUGUAUCAAUAUGAGCCAACAGCGUCCCUAUACCCUUUGCGAAGGUUGUCAUUCCAAAAGCAUUGGGAAACAAACUCGCUCCGUACUUACGAAGUAGCGUUUGUGAAUAUGAGCCUUACACAGUUUUCGUUGGUGGUAACAGUGUUUCAGAUCAUUUUAUAUGGGUGGUCUAGUCUGGUGUUUUGGAAUGUUCUAGGAGCAAGCAAUACGUGUGGACGAUCAUUGUCAAGUGUGCGAAUUGAUAACCAUAUCGAUAAUCGAAUGCGGUUUGUGUUGUCACGUUAUGAAAUUAGUUUGGCUGGAAGUUUGAUUUUUCCAUUAUUUAAUAUAAUGGAGUGAUUCAAAUACAGUUUUUUUAUCGAUAUUGCGUAUAGGGUAAUUUAAUCGAGUUUUUAAAAUAAAUUAAUCCAACCGAGGUUUUAAAAAUUUCAAUUUUUAACAGUCAAUAAAUAACAAGGUUUUAAAAUAUAAAGGAUAAAGAAGUAUGAAUUAUGUUGCGUGAGGUUACUGUCAUUUUAGAACGAGCAUGUGACUGAUAACUUGACGUCUAUUAUGUAACUCCAUACCAUAGACGUUAUAAAAAAAUCCAGUAGUGCUUCAUUAUACAAUCAAUUUUUAUUCUUUUUGCACUGAGUAUUUUUUCUGUGUAUUUACUAUUACGUGUAAAAAAAUAUACACAGUGUAGUCAAAUAUAUUCUAAAAAAAAUGUGUAGCUGAAUUGUUUGGUGAAAUGUACGAUCAAACGAAACCUAUCUCAAUGUUGGGUGGAAUUCAGGGUUCAAUAUUAUUUUGUCUUAGUACUACCAUAUAGUGUGUUGAAGCAAAUAAAAUAUUUCAUUAUUUCAAUCACAUUACGGUGGCUCCUAAGUAAACUAUCGUAUCUGGAAAAGUAGCGAUAUUCCCUUUUUAGGGUUUAGUCGUCAAUGUACUGUUUACAACCAAACUCAUUUAUUUCAAAAGUUAAUAAACGAAAAAAAAAACUUCUUUAAAAAUAAUUUUCUACCUUUUUUUAAUGGAUUUGGUCGUAAACUGUAGCUAGAUAAUGAAACGUUAAAAAAGGGUAUAUCGCUACCUAUGAUACGAUAGUUUACUUAGGAGCCAUGGAUUAGUCAAUUUCGAUAACGUGAUUCUUGAACGGUUAUUGCUGUAUAACCAAGGGAUUUUGAAGUUUGUAUUAUGUGUCUUCCAUAAAUUAAGUUUAAUAUUUUUUUAUAAUAAAAUAUCACAAAUAGUUUACGAUUAUUAAAAAAAAUAUUCAUGUAUGAAUUUUAAGUGGGUAUGUGCAUUUUUAGAUCAAUCAAGUUUUGGAAUAUCGAUAUGCUGCAUUCGAUUAUCGAUAAGAAGUGAACUAUUCGAUUAUUGGUGGUAUAUUGUUUUUAAAAUAAAUGUGGCUAUCCGAUAACAAAUGCUUAUAUUUAUGUAAGGAAGGAAUACUGGUUAAAUAUAAUAUAUUGGAAUUCUGUCCCAAACAUAUUAAUACCAUUACCAUUCAUAAAGUCCGCUGAUUGGAAAUGGUCAUUUCUUUAUAACGAACAGCACUUAUUCAAUUGUCGGAGUAUCCUUGAACUUUCAAUCAAUUUCAAAAAAAUAUUUUACUAAUAAAUCUCCACUGUCUUUGAGAUAUAGACUAAUAAUAAUUUGACAACAAUAUUCGAAAAAAUAACAACGAAUUAACAAUAUUAUUGAAUAAAAACAAUAUGCCACUAUGUUCCAUUGUUCUCAGGGUUAUAAUUCUAGACUGAAUAUAGACGCAGAUGCCUGAAAGAGUUUCACGUACCAGUAUUAUAUGUUAAAGGGUGUUCUGUUAUCACUGUCCUUAGCUUCGUUCUGCACUGGUUUUGUCAUGUUGUUGCAUAUUGCCUUGAAACUGGACAAGUUUGCCAUUUACUUACAUGUAAAUAUUCUAGCGGUAUAUAUAUAAUUUUUAUAUUAAAUGAAAAUAUACAUACUAUAAUCAGUUUU